AUGUUCAGACCUCAGGACCCCUGUCUCUCACUACCUGACUACGAACUCACCCCAGCCCUCACUCCAGCACUCAACCCUGCCCUCACCCCAGCCCUCAACCUUCACACCAGCCUUCACACCAGCCCUCACCCCUGUCCUCACACCAGCCCUUACCCCUUCCCUCACACCAGCCCUCACCCCAGGCCUCACCCCAGCCCUCAGCCUUCACACCAGCCCUCACCCCUGCCCUCACCCCAGCCCUCAGCCUUCACACCAGCCUUCACACCAGCCCUCACCCCUGUCCUCACACCAGCCCUUACCCCUUCCCUCACACCAGCCCUCACCCCUUCCCUCACACCAGCCCUCACCCCAGGCCUCACCCCAGCCCUCAGCCUUCACACCAGCCCUCACCCCUGCCCUCACCCCAGCCCUCAGACUUCACACCAGCCCUCACCCCUGCCCUCACCCCAGCCCUCACCCCAGCCCUCACCCCUGCCCUCACCCCAGCCCCCAGCCUUCACACCAGCCAUCACCCCUGCCCUCACCCCUGCCCUCACCUCACCCCUUACCCCAGCCCUCACCCCUUACCCCAGCCCUCACCCCUUACCCCAGCCCUCACCCCAGCCAUCACCCCUUACCCCAGCCCACCUCUAUUAA